UGGGAAAAGAAUAAUUCUAACAACUACAGUUAUAAAUGAAUAAAAUGAUAUUGAAUAGAAUGGCAUUCUUGCUUAAAAAUAUUUUGUGUCGACCGCUGGCAGUCCGUGGAUGUGCAAAACGUGCUCUUGUUAUGGGAAGGAAGUGUUUCUCCAAUUUAUCUGAUGAAACCCUAAAAAUAGAUGCCAAUGAUGAAUUUGCUCAAUUCCCUGGAUCAAAGUCAAAGUUUACAGAUAAAUUAGAAUUUGUCAAUGCAGACGAAGAAAGCCAUAUUCCUGUGUACAGAGUGAUGAAUCGUGAUGGCAUUGUAACAAUGAAAGAAAAUGAACCAGAGUUAGGUCGUGAUGUGAUUGAGAAAAUCUACCAAAUGACAUUACUUAGCACAAUGGAUAGAAUCUUGUAUGAAUCACAGCGGCAGGGUCGAAUCUCGUUUUAUAUGACCAAUUAUGGUGAGGAAGCUGUUCAUUUUGGCACAGCAUCUGCACUAGAUAUGGAAGAUCUCAUAUUUGGGCAGUAUCGUGAGACUGGUGUUUUCUUCUGGCGAGGUUUUACUCUGGACGAUUGUAUGAAUCAAUGUUUUGCAACUAGUUUGGAUCCAGGCAAGGGAAGACAGAUGCCUGUCCAUUAUGGAUCAAGAAAACUCAAUUUCGUCACUAUUUCUUCUCCACUGGGCACACAAAUGCCACAAGCUCCAGGAGCAGCAUAUGCCAUUAAAAGAGCGAGAAAACCCAACUGCGUUGUCUGUUAUUUUGGCGAGGGAGCUGCAAGCGAAGGUGACGCUCAUCCAGCAUUUAACUUUGCUGCUACAUUAGAAGUGCCUGUGCUGUUUAUAUGUCGUAAUAAUGGUUACGCAAUAUCUACACCAACAUCUGAGCAGUAUCGAGGCGACGGCAUUGCUGGCCGUGGUCCUGCAUACGGAAUUCGGUCUAUUAGAGUGGACGGAAAUGAUCUCUUUGCUGUUUAUAAUGCAACGAAAGCAGCUAGAGAUUAUUGCGUGCAGGAAUCAAAACCUGCAAUAAUCGAAGCUAUGACAUACAGAAUUGGUCAUCACAGUACAAGCGAUGAUUCAACGGCAUAUCGUUCACAAGACGAGGUGAACUAUUGGGAUAAACUGGAUCAUCCUAUUGCUAGACUGAGACGUUUCAUGGUUUCCAAAGAAUGGUGGAAUGAUGAACAGGAAGAGAAAUGGAAACGUGAUGCGCGUUUGCAGGUUAUGGAGGCGUUUGGGCGAGCGGAGAAGGCCAAGAAGCCGCCAAUUAAGUACAUGUUCACCGAUGUUUACGACGAAAUGCCGCUACAUUUGAAAGAACAGUAUGAAGAAUGCAUGGCGCAUGUGCAAAACUACCCCAACGAUUAUCCUGUCGAUAAUCAUGCAAGUGACGAUGCUACUUAGAGUUUAGGGACGAUGGACAUCCGGAAUAAUGUCACUUACUAUACGAAGGACAUCUGAGAUACUAUCAUGUACUAUAAAAUGUAUUCCUAAAACAACAAUUCAUAUCUCAAAUUUACAGACCACUUAAAGAAAGCAAGCUUUGUAGAAAAAUCGCAAAAUUACAAUCAGUGAUAAGACAUUGUCGUCAGCAAUAAAACUUGAAGUGAUAAAA